GGAGGAAGAAAGACUUGUGAGCCUUGUGAGCCUUGCAAGCCUUGUGAGCCUCGUGUAUCUCCUGUUUGCUUCAUUUGGUAGGACAUUGGUAUGAAUGUAUCAAGACAAUGUUUUUCAUUGGUUGUAUGGGAGAAAAACGACUGGAUUCCUUUUCUUCCCGCGAGAUCUACAUCACCCUUUGAUCUCAUACACAGCACAUCCAGGUUUCCUUCAAAAUACAACUCUUGUCCUAUUGGUGUUAUUGUUCAACUCUCCGUCAAUCAUACGCCUCACUGGUGGGUAUAUAAAUCUCGUUCUCUUCAAAUUUGGGUGUGUAGCGAGUCUGUCAGCCUUCUGUCCUCACUUUUUGUUAUUUCAAUACCCUUCUCGCCAAAGCAUCUCGACAUGAUUUCUUUGCGCACACAAAAGUAAGAUCGAGUAUCAACAAGUACCAACUGAUCGUCAUUCUGCUUCCGUCCAGAAUCCAAGUCUUACAAACAUCGUACGUGCUUCAAUUAUGCUGUCUCAUCCACUACCUCAGAGUCAACGACUGGAUCUUAUAAGCUUCCUAGCCCAAGACCCAUUGUCAGCUUCAAUUUCUCAAGUUGCAUCCGAAAUCCAAUUCUUGAGAGAGUGUCCUCAAACAACCACUAACAAGAGAAAGGCCAAGAUGGUUCGUCCUGCCAUCGAAUCAGAUAAUUCUGGUGAAUCUGCAGCAACGAGCUCCUUCGGUGUUGCAUUGACAACCACUUCCAAUCGCAAUGGGCGCGUCAAUCGCUGGGGAACUAGAGUCAACAAUGCGAAUGGACAGUGUCCUGGAUGGGGAAAAUCGUUCUUCGCCAUGCUAUCUCUCUACCUAUUGAUGCUGAUUGUAGCUCUUGAUCGAACAACUCUUAGUACCGCUAUCCCAGCCAUUACCAAUGAGUUCAACACACUUGAAGAUAUUGGAUGGUAUGCAUCCGCAUAUCUUCUAACAAACUGUGCUACUCAGUUGGCUUUUGGAAAAAUCUACAAGUUUUACAACUAUAAAUGGGUUCUCAUGAUCGCAGUUGUCAUUUUUGAGGUUGGCUCUGCUAUAUGUGGCUCUGCGUCAAAUUCUAAGAUUUUCAUUGCUGGUAGAGCAUUUGCUGGCUUAGGUUCUUCGGGUAUCUUAAAUGGAGUUAUACUAAUCAUGAACGAUACCGUGCCAAUUCAUCGUCACCCUAUUUUCACGAGUUUAUAUUGGUGUAUUUUCGCUAUUGCCAAUGUAUGUGGGCCUUUACUUGGAGGUAUCCUCACUGAGAAAGCCACAUGGAGAUGGUGUUUCUAUAUCAACCUACCAGUGGGUGGGGCCGCUGCAAUCAUUCUACUCUUCGCUGUCGAAGGAAAGCCUAACAAGAAUACGGACACCUUUCUCCAAAAGCUUCAAAGAAUGGAUCCCGUUGGAACACUAGUCUUCAUUCCAGGUAUCGUUUCCAUACUUCUGGCAUUACAGUUUGGGGGCAAUGAAUACAGCUGGGGAGAUGCAAGAAAUGUCGUCCUAUUCAUUUUGGGUGGCAUUUUACUUACAACCUUCGUCACGAUCCAAUUCAAGACCGGAGAUAAUGCAACAGUGCCAAUCCGAAUUAUCAAACAAAGAUCCGUUGCUUCGGUAGCAUGGUUUUCCUUCUUCAAUUCAUCUUCCUUCUAUCUUGCUGUCUACUAUAUUCCAAUCUGGUUUCAAGCGGUUCAAGGUCUGGACGCACUCGAUUCUGGUAUUCACACACUCCCAUUGGUCUUAUCUCUGGUCUUCGCCACCCUAUUUGCUUCAAUAUUUCAAAGAUCUAUCGGCUACUACUUUCCAAUGAUAACUGUAUCAUCGAUCAUAGCACCAGUCGGCGCAGGACUUCUCAUCACAUUACAAGUAGAUAGUGGACCAAAAGAAUGGAUGAGUUGGCCGGUGGUCUUUGGAUCGGGUCUUGGUCUCGGUAUGCAACAGAUCAAUUUGGCAGUUCUAGCAUGUCUUGAUGAUGAUGAUGUACCAACUGGUCUUGCACUUAUAUCCUUCUUCCAAACUCUUGGCGAUACCAUUUUUGUCACGGUUGGUCAAGCUAUCUUCGCUCAUGAAUUGGUCAAGAAUCUCUCGGCUCUCAAUCUCUCCUCCUUGCCAACCUCACUCAUCUUACGCACAGGUGCUACCGAACUUCGAACUCUCGUACCGCCACAAUAUCUCUCAGAGGUUUUGUCAGCAUACAACGCCGCUAUCAUGAAAGUCUUUCUUGUGGCUAUCAUCACAAGUGCUCUUACGGUUUUUACCGGUCUAACUUUGGAAUGGAUUAGAAUUAACAAAGUCAAGAAAAAUUUUGAAGUUGCAAGACGAUUAAUCUAUCAACAUCAUGGUGAGGGAGAUUGUCCAUUUCCUCUGUGUGAUGCUGGCAGUUCUCAAUACGUACAACCUGGACUUGUUGAUGCAGAGGACAAAACUAUCGUAGAUACAAAAUUGGGUAGUGAUCUUCAAAAACAAUUGGAAACGAUCAGGGAGGAGAGAGAAAAGUCUAGCUCUGCUGAGACUAACAAAACUUCUAAUGAUACGAAGACUAUUGUAGUUGAAGUUUCAGAAAGGAAUGAGGAUGAGAUCAAAGUUGUGGGAUGAGUGGAUUUGUUGUGUUUGUGGAUGUGGAUGAUGAAUAUCAUGAUGAAUGAGAAAUGAUGGAUAUGAGAUGAAAUAAUGGGACGCGUUUUUAUGGUGGCUUGAUCUUCACGUCUCUAGUCAACUAGCCAAGAUGGCAGAGUUGCUAUUUUGUAAAUACUAUGAGCUAGAAAAUGCUAUUCUCAGAUAAUGCAGGAAUAAUCUUUUA